AUGGCCGAGGAGCUCAGCGACCUGCUGCGGGAGUUUGACGAGGUGAUGGAGGACUUCGAGAGAGGCCCCGCGUGUCGAUACGAGCAGCACCUGGAGGAGCUGAAGAGGAAAGCGGGACACAGCGUGUACGACAGCGGCAUCGAUGAGCUGGAGAGUACCAGUGCGUCCCCAGGAAGCAGUCUCAACACCAGCGAGGAGGACAUCAACACCCCUGCCAACGCCUACCCCUCCAAAGCUAAGCUUGGAGACACGCAGGAGCUGGAGGAGUUCAUUGCGGAUCUGGAUAAAGCGUUGGAGGCUUUUUCAACUGGGGCAGAAAUUCCACUGGGCGAGUGUCUUCCCUCGCUGGUGCCUCAGUUUCCCCCACCUGGUGAAGCAGAGGUGGCGGUGCUGUCUGGUGGAGGGGACUGGGGGACACGGGAGCUCCGAGGGUACCGGGGCGCUGGGCACCGGGUGAAGCCUUUUGAUGAAGAGGAGAAGUGGCUGGGCAGCCUCCGUCCCAGCAGGAGCUGGGGGCCUGCAGAGACGCCCCAGCCAGCGGCUCCGGGAGCAGCGGGGCGGAGGCGGGAGCAGCUGAGCCGCCGGAGAAGGUACCGAUGCCGCUUGCCGCAGGGGCGAACCGUCCUCUCCUCGUCGCCGCUGGCCCGUGGGCGAAGGCCGGUGCUGCGAGCGGAGAGCCGGGCGAUGCCAGGGGUAGAGUUCAUCCGUGUAACACCACACGUCAUUCGGGUGUUCUGGGAGCGGAUGAAGUCCGACGGGGCGGCUGGCGCCCCACACCACGCACAGCCAGGGCUGGCGGUGGCUGACGUUGCCAUCGUCUGGUCUGAGACUCAUCCAACGGGUUUGUCUGGGAGUUUGGAUUUGGGCCCGAGUGCCCACGUGCGGAAUUGA